UGUCUCUGAGUGCUUGGGCUUGCUCUGUGAAAUGCUUUGCACUCACCUGCGUCCCUUUUGGUGGCGGGCUCUUAUAUCCUUAGCACUAUGAUUUUCCCUGGACGAAUUAUGUGGCAAUGCGCUUUGGUUGAUCCUUUCGAAGUAGUGGCGUCGUGAUUCAAGCCAACACACCAAUAGAGGCUGGUAACCUGCCUACAAACCGACCAUGUUAAGUUUGAGUUGUCGCUUUAUGAUGUGGCGAACGAAUCCGCAUAAAGAGACUCGGGAAGGGGAGUCUGCUCUGGCUCGUUCACCUUUUGGCGCUCUCUCGAUAUCUUGCUCGAUCAUGCCGUGCCUGCGAAAGAGGCACCACCCGUCAGAAUCGCCCCUUGAGUCCUACCAUCCAAAUCAUACGCUUUUCAAGGAACAUUCUAAGAACAUAGAGUGCGUGGAUUCAAACCGGAGGAGGGAGACGACCCAGUCCGACCAACUUCAGCGCAGAGUUACCAUUUCAAGAGGCCCUCGAAUGCCACCAUGGAUGGAAGGUUUUUCACCAGUUCAGUCGGACUUGCAGGAUCUCAAUUCUGCGAAGAUUCUCAAUGCGACAAUCAUAAACGUCAAAGCGGCUUACGGGCAAGAAUGCUCGCUUGCGCAACCUUUUGUGCUCUCGCGACACCGAACUGGGUCCCACCCAAUCCACUUUUGAUUUCCAUGUGGUUCUAUCGUCGGUAUUGCUCUUCUUCGGUUCCAUGGAUUCCCCCCCAAUCCUUUCACUAGAGUUAUUUGUAUUAACAUCGUGCCCCUCGCUUUCUCCGUGACACAUCUGAAGCCAACUCUUUCGUUCCUCUUGGAACGGCCUUUAGAUUGAGA